AUGUCGUCAAACUUGGAUGCUAAGAAGCGCAGCAACUUGAAACGUCCUGAUGUUGGUGUCAGAGACAAAAAACUCGAAGUUUUGAACGCGCAAUUGAAGAAAGUCGACACCGAGGUGCAGGCAAUUAGAAAGCAGAUCGAUCAACACCAAUUGGGAUCCGGUGCACAGGACGAGCGUUCCAAGUUGCACCAGGACCUCCGCGAUAUCAUUAAGGUGCAGAGCGACCUCAAGUCCCGCAGACAAACCGUUCACGAUAAGAUUAGGUCCUUGGAUAGCGAUAUCAAACGCAAGGACGGGCAAAUCUCUGCGAAAAUUGGGACCAAGUCCCGGUACCAAUCCGUCGAUGAGAUCAAAUCCCGUAUCGCGGAAAUUGACGCCGAUGUGUCCUCCGGCCAGCUAUCGUUAGUGCAAGAAAAACUGCACGUCAAGGAAAUGCAAUCUCUCAACAAGCUCAUCAAGGACUUCCAAGCCGUUGACCCAAUCAAGAAAUCGAUUGACCAAGACCGUGCCUCGAUUGCGUCUUUGAAGCAAGAAUUGAACGAAAUGAACCCAAGAGAGGUUUCUGCCAAGUUCGAAGCGACUCAAAAGAAGUUGAACGACGUGCAAUCCAAGAACCAAGUCGUCUACGACAAGCGUCAGACUUUGUUUGCCAAGCGUUCCGCUUUGUACAAAAAGCGUGACGAGAUCUACUCUCAAAUCAACCAGAUUAGAUCCGACUUUGACAACGAAUUCCAAGCUUUCAAGGGGAAAUUGGAAAAAGAACGCUUGAAGCGUGAAGAAGACCAGAAAUUGUCUAAACUCUUGGAAGAGAAAGACACCGCUUUGGGCAAAUUGCAAGAGAAAUUGUUGCAUGCCCGUCAACCAGCGUUCACUUACGAGAUCGGCGCCAUCGAAAACGUCUUGGUGGUUCUAGAUCCAACCUACGUCAAGCCUAAGAAACAAACGUUGGAAGCGCUUGCUUCAACUUCGGAGCCAAAGGCCGAAAUCAAGAAAGUUGAGGCCGACGAUUUGGUGCCUAUCGUGAAGGAAAAAGAAGAAUUCUUCGCGGGCGGUUCGAAAUCUAAGAAGAACAAGAAGAAGCAAUCUUCCAACUCCACUAAAUUUUCCUUGGAGCCAACUAUGAUCGCCUUGCUAGCUGAGCUGGACGUGGCGGUUCCUUUGAGCAAAGAAGAAGUUCCAAAAACGGUGGAGCAAUUGAAAGCUAAGCAUGAAGAACUCUCCUCCAAGCAAGACGAGCAAACCGAAAAGAACAUUUCCGCUGCUGAAAAACAAAUAAAAGACUUGGAGUUGAGCUUUGAGAAAAAGGAGGAACAAGUGAAGAAGGAACUCGAAGAAAAAAGAGCCGCUGAGAAGAAAGAAGAUGACUAA